GCUUCCCACCGCGCACCCUGCGCCUCCCGGCCUGCCUGCUCGCCGCCCUGCAGCCCAGGCCUUUGGCGAACAUGGCGCUUGUCCCCUGUCAGGUGCUGCGGGUGGCGAUUCUGCUGUCCUACUGCUCAAUCCUGUGCAACUACAAGGCCAUCGAAAUGCCCUCGCACCAGACCUACGGAGGGAGCUGGAAAUUCCUGACGUUCAUAGAUCUGGUUAUCCAGGCUGUCUUCUUUGGCAUCUGUGUGCUGACGGAUCUUUCCAGCCUUCUGACGAGAGGAAGUGGGAACCAGGAACAAGAGAGGCAGCUCAAGAAACUCAUUUCUCUUCGGGACUGGAUGUUAGCAGUGCUGGCCUUUCCGGUCGGGGUUUUUGUCGUAGUGGUGUUCUGGAUCAUUUAUGCCUACGACCGAGAGAUGAUUUACCCGAAGUUGCUCGAUAAUUUUAUCCCAGGGUGGCUGAACCACGGAAUGCACACGACUGUGUUGCCCUUCAUAUUGAUCGAGAUGAGGACAUCACACCAUGCGUACCCCAGCAGGAGCAGCGGACUCACCGCCAUCUGCGUCUUCUCCGUUGCCUAUAUAUUAUGGGUGUGUUGGGUGCAUCAUGUAACCGGGAUGUGGGUGUACCCUUUACUGGAACACAUUGGCCCCGGAGCCAGAAUCAUCUUCUUUGGGUGUACUACCAUCUUAAUGACCUUUUUGUACCUGCUGGGAGAAGUUCUGAACAGCUAUAUCUGGGAUACGCAGAGAAGUAUGGAAGAAGAGAAAGAGAAGCCGAAAUUGGAAUGAGAUCGAAGCCUACAUGGAGAGCUGUGUUGAGCCAGCUCUGAAGCCCCUGGGAUAGUAGCAGCACAGGAGAGGGAGUUUGGAAGGACAGGAGGAAUAUGCGCCUCCACCUGCUGGCCCGGAGGGAGAUCAGCUUCAGAGAAACACCCGAGAUAGGAAUAGAACACAGUUGUCCCCCAAAUAACUCCCCCUCGUUGUUUGUUGAAGAACUCUUUCCAAAUCUAUGAGUGAUGAUCACAUCUUUUCUUCCCUCUUCUACUUUCUAAAACUAAAAUUGGUCAUUGGAUUUUAAUGUGUGCAAUCGUACUACCAUCAAGUAUAGAAUUCUGUAGUUUCUUCCGGAGAAGUUUGUGAAAAUCAAAGGAGCGGAGUGGAGCAAGGCUUCACUGUUCGUCCUGCAGGAACUGGAAUGACAACCCUGGGCCACAGGCAAGUCUGGUGGGAGUGUGGCAGGUGCAGCGAUGCCACCGCUGCCGCAAACGGGCCAUGUUAGUAAAAAGUACAUCGAUUUAGUUUGACCCCUGAAUGUUUUUGUAUCUCAUGACUUAAUCUUGUGAAAUCUUUCCUACAUGCAAACUAUAACUUGAAUAAAGACCAAGCAAACCCUAGUCUGAUG